CAGACAGCCGUCUUAACCACUGAUUAGGUGGCAAGUAGUAGUGUGGUUAAUGGAAGGCGACGGUAACUGCCUGGGACAGGACACCGGUGGCUGCACAUGGGAGUCUGAGUCUCUCCAUCAUGAAGCCACCUCGGCCAGAGGUUACUUCAAGGCCCUGAGAGGAUGGCCAGAACCGUGAACCUGCCUGAGAGGGGCAGGCCAGAGGCAGAGAGAGGAAGAGAGUCCCAAAUAGUUUCUGCACCUAGCACGUGAGUCUGAUGCGGGGUUCCAUUUCACAACCAUGAGUUAAUGACCUGAGAUGAAAUCAACAAUCAGACACCGAAAUGACUGAGCCACCCAGGUGCCCAAGAAGCAGGAGGGGACUUCUCUCUGAACCCCCCUCCAAGAGGCGCGAGACAGCAGUAACUCUCCUCACGGUGUUUGAACCCCUCCUGGAGUCUGACUCUCAGCCCUGCCUGCAUGGGGCCUCCAGCUACCCUGUGGGUGUCGUCAUCCUGCACUGGUGUCCUGGGGAUUUGUGCCUCGGAGCUGCGAGCCUGGACGCACAGAAGAUCGUUUCCGAAGAGCUAGCCCCCGUCCCUGUUGGAGGAGAAGUGACCCGUGAAGGCGUUUGUGUGCAGGGUCUUCAGCUUUUAGCCUUGCAGCAUCGGGUCAGAAUCACGUGUUCCCUGUUUACUUCGGUCAUGGUUCCUCUUCUCCCCUCUCCCUUCAGCACGGUUGCGUUACUCAUUUGCUCUUCACGUAGGUUUAUUUGUUACUGUUCAUGUUCCAUUUGGGGUUUUCUCUGUGUUCCUGCUGAUUUUCAUUCUGUUAUGAGGUUAUGGGAAAUAUUACCUCCUUCUGAGAGUCAGAGCUAUGAAAGACACGUUCUGAGAGAAGGUGGCUUCCCCCUGGGCUUGCUCCCCCAUUCCCGUUCUCCCAUCCCUUCCGGCCCAUCCCCGCCCCUUCUCUCUGGUAACCUACAGAGUUGAAUUUCUGAUGUUAUCAUCCCUAUGUUUCUUUUUCACAAGGAAGCAGAUAGGUAUAUGUUUUCUUAUGUCCUUUCUCUUAUGAAAGAUAUCAUAUUGUAAAUAGGUUUUUGAACUUUGCUUUUUAUACCUAACAAUGUAUCCUGGAAAUUACUCCAUACUGGUUCACAGAAACCUUCCUUUUUUUUUAUAUAUAUACACACUGUGUAUUUUUCCACUGGGUGGAUGUGCUAUGGUUUAUUCAACCCACUUUCCUGCAUGUGAGCAUUGAAGUUGUUUCUCAUAUUGUCAGUUAGAAACAACACUGCAGCAAAUAACUUCGUACGUAUAUAUUUUUGUAUUGUUGGAUGUAUGUCGUCAGGGUAGAGUCCUAAAGGUAGGAUUGCUGAAACAAAAGAUAAUUACAGCUGUGAAAAAUUAUUUUUGGUAGUUUCUUGGAAAGUUGGACAUAUACUUACCAGAGACCUAGCAUUUUCACUCUAAAAGAGUUAAAAACAGGACUCAAGCUGAUACUUGUAUACCUGUUUUCAGAGCAGCAUUAUUCACCAUAGCUAAAGGUGGGAGCAACCCACGUGUCCACCAACAGAUGAAUAGACAAGCAAAAUGUGGUGUACACAUACAGUGGCAUAGUAUGCAUCCAUAAAAUUGAAUGAACUUCUGGUUCAUGCCAUAAUAUGCAUCAGAAACAUACUCCUUAGUGAGAUAAACCAUAUCCCUAAUGAAAAAUAUGAUUCCAUUUAUACGAGGUGCUUAGAGUGAUCGAAUUCAUAAAGACAACAAACAGAAUAAAGGUUAUCGGGGUGGGGGGAAGGAUUUGGGAGUUCAAAGAACACAGAGUUUUUGUUUGGGAUGAUGAAAAAGUUCCAAAAAUGGAUAGGGGUCAUGGUUAUACAAUGCACAUGUGCUCCUGAAUUGUACAUUUAAAUUGUACACUUAAAAAUGGUAAAGUGGUCAAUUCUGUGAUACAUAUUUUAUCACAAUAAAAGACAAC